CGGGGCGGCGACAAGAGGGCAGCGGCGGCAGUGGCGGCAGCUGAAGCAGCCCUCGAGGACAGGCGUGUUCUCAGGACCACGGUAUGGAUUUGUCUCACUUCUGCGAGGCUUUCCCCUGGUAAACCGAUUGCAAUGAUCCUGGCUCAGCCCUCUGCCAUCUAAUGUGUGUGCCAAAACUCACAGCCCCGCAAUAGACACACGCUGACCGCCCCGCAGAGCAGCCCCAGCCGCAGCCAACACUGGACCCACUCUGCUGUGCCGUUCAUGGCAAAGCCCCAUCACUUAACGGGAGAGAAUGGCUUCCACUUCUCCCAGCCUCUCGUCUUCCCCAGCCCAUCCCCUGUGGGUGAGGACAGCCCAGCCUUUGAUUCGGCAAGCGGCACACCUCUGAGCAAUGGCACUCCCAGCGGCACCGAGUCCUGCGGGCUGCCCCUCUGCGAGGCCAAAGGCAUUAAAUACAUCUCAGCCGAGCAGGAGGAGCUGGCAUGCGGCUGGGGAGGGUUCACCCCUGGCUGCUUGCAGCUCUUCAACACCUCCAAGGGCGUUUUGUUCUUCCUCUGCGUGGCUUCCUUCCUGCAAGGCAUGACGGUGAACGGUUUCAUCAACACGGUCAUCACCUCCAUUGAGCGCCGCUUUGACCUGCGCAGCUACCAGAGCGGGCUGAUCGCCAGCUCCUACGACAUCGCCGCCUGCCUCUGCCUCACCUUCGUCAGCUAUUUCGGGGGGAACGGCCACAAACCACGUUGGCUGGGCUGGGGCGUGCUGGUGAUGGGCCUGGGCUCCCUGCUCUUCGCUUUGCCCCACUUCACCACGGGCCGCUAUGAGGUGCGCUCCUCGGCUGAGGUGGGCAUCUGUGCCGCCAACCAGAGCCUGCCCUGCGCUGCGGCUGCUUCCGGGCUCUCCAGCUACAGGUUUGUCUUCAUGCUGGGGCAGUUCCUGCAUGGGAUGGGAGCCACGCCGCUCUACACGCUUGGCGUCACCUAUUUAGAUGAAAACGUCAAGACUAACUACUCCCCUGUGUACAUUGCUGUUUUCUACACUGCUGCAAUCCUUGGUCCUGCAGCGGGUUAUCUGGUAGGAGGAAUGUUUCUAAAUAUUUAUACUGAAAUUGGCAGAGAGACUGACAUCUCCCCAGAGAACACGCUGUGGGUGGGGGCAUGGUGGAUCGGCUUCCUGGGGGCUGGAGCAGCCUCACUCCUCAUCUCCAUCCCCAUCCUGGGCUACCCCCAGCGCCUCCCAGGGUCCCAGAGGUAUAUUGUUAUGAGGGUGUCGGAGGCUCAUCAGCUGAAGGAUGGGAGCCACAAAAAAGCAUCAGAUCCAGACUUUGGGAAAACAGUUAAAGACCUACCUCGAUCAGUAUUGCUGCUCCUGAAGAAUCCCACCUUCAUCUUCCUCUGCUUAGCAGGAGCGACAGAAGCCACUCUCAUUGCUGGGAUGUCCACGUUUGGACCCAAGUUCUUGGAGUCUCAGUUUAGUUUAAGUGCCUCUGAAGCUGCUACCCUUUUUGGCUAUCUGGUUGUGCCGGCUGGAGGUGGAGGCACAUUCCUAGGUGGAUUCCUUGUGAAUAAAUUUAAACUCCGCUGCUCAGGAAUCAUCAAAUUGUGUUUACUUUGCACAGUGUCAAGUCUGCUAGCUAUUUUCAUUUUUUUCAUUCACUGCCCUAACAUGCCAAUGGCAGGAGUAACCCAGAUGUACAACGGAAGCACUUUGCCUGGUGGCCAGCUGAACCUGACAGCAGUGUGCAACGCAGAGUGCAGAUGCCUGCAGGAGACCUACAGCCCUGUCUGCGGAAGUGAUGAUGUUAUGUAUUACUCUCCUUGUCAUGCUGGAUGCAGAAAAGUGUCUGAAAACCUCCGCAAUGGCAAGAAGGUCUACCGUGAGUGUAGCUGCAUUGAGAAAACUCUCCUGCUUGGCCCCGGUGAGGCAGAAGCAGGGAAAUGCACUUCCCCUUGUGCAAAAAGGACUCUCCUGCUCUUCUUCAUGUUCGUGGUGAUCCUCUUCACCUUCCUGAGCAGCAUUCCUGCCCUGACCGCAACGCUACGGUGCGUCUCCGACAGGCAAAAGUCAUUUGCACUUGGGAUCCAGUGGAUCGUGGUCCGAACACUAGGAGGUAUCCCUGGUCCCAUUGCCUUUGGGUCAAUGAUCGACAAAUCCUGCCUGCUCUGGCAGGACCAGUGUGGUGAGCAAGGCUCCUGCUAUGUGUACCAGAACUCAGCCAUGAGCCGCUACACCCUGGUCACCGGGCUGGUCUACAAGGUGCUUGGGACAACCUUCUUCACCAUUGCCUGUGUGCUGUACAAACCACCACCGACAGAAUCAGCCCCCGGCAGCUCAGACACAUCAGAAAAUGGCAAUGGGAACCUCCAGGAAAACAAACCUUCGCUCCCAGCUGAGGAGGAUAUAUGAGGUUGUGCACAUGCCAGUGACUUUCUCAGUCUCAAAAAUACGACAAAAAGACAUUAUGCAGCCCCAAAGUUUUUAA